AUGAUGAAAGAAAAAGAUAAGAAACAGAAGAAAAAAAGAUCAGUAGAAAAAAAAGAGUAUCAUAGUUCUUGUGAAAGCAUGAACGAUGAAGAGAGGGUUUCUUCUGAGGACGAAAAUAAAAAAAGAAAAAACAAAGAAGACGAUAAAGAUAUAAGAGAACGAGAAAAAAGUAAAAAACAUGAUGAGGACAAAAUGAAAAAGAAAAAAGUAUACGAAGAAAAUUAUAAUAAUGAAGAUGGGAACAUAAUAAAAAAAAAGAAAAAAAAUUCACAAAAUGAAGAAAUGAACAAUGAUAAUAAAAAUAAUGAUAAUGAUGAUCAAGAUGAUGAACAUAAUAGUAAAUAUAAUGAUUGUAAAAGAAAACAUAAAAGUAAUAGUAAAAUUAUUGAUGAUCCAAAUAAUAGUGAUAAUGAUAUAAAAAGAAGGAAAGAAAUGAAAAAAAGAAGAAAAAAAAAUGAUACAAAUAAAAGAGAUACAAAUAAAAGAGAUACAAAUAAAAGAGAUACAAAUAAAAGAGAUACAAAUAAAAGAGAUACAAAUAAAAGAGAUACAAAUAAAAGCGAUACAAAUAAUAGCGAUACAAAUAAAAGCGAUACAAAUAAUAGCGAUACAAGUUCAAUCAAUUCUAAUAUGUCUAAUAAUUAUAAAAAGAAUACUUCUGACAUUUCUGAAAUGUCUGAUAAUUCCUCAACAAAUACGAGAAGAAAGAAAUAUAGAGAAGAAGUGAUGAGAAAAAGAAAAAGAGAUAGAAGCUCUGAGUACAAAAUUAAAGGAUCCUAUAAAAAUAUUGAAAUACGAAUGAAGAAUAAAAAUAAAUAUAGAGAAAAGAAAAAAGGAAGAAGCCAAAAUUCAAGCAACACAAAAAGCGACCAUUCGAGUAAUGAAAAGAAUUAUAAAAAGAUUAAUGAUAAUAAUAAGUAUACUAGUAACGAUGAUGAUAGUAGUAGCAAUGAUUCUUCAAAUAGUAAUAAUGGUAGUAAUAAUUAUAGUGAUUAUAGUAGUACUCAAAAGUCACGUAGAAACAAACUUAUAAGAAAUGUAAGCUCAAGCGCUAGUAUAAGUGAAAGGAGGAGGAACAAAAGAAAAAGAAGACGUUCAAGAUCGAUAAGUAUCGAAAGAAGGAUUAAGGAGAAACACAGAAAUAUAGAAGAUGAAGACUCAGAGGAAAGUGACAGCAAAUGGAGGAGAAGAAAAAGGGAACGAAGCAGAGAUAAAUAUAAAGAAAGACGCAGGGAUAGUAUUCGAGAUAGGGAUAAAGAAAGGUAUAGGGAUAAAGAAAGAUAUAGGGAAAGAGAAAGAGAUAGGGAUAGAGAUAGGGAUAGGGAGAGAGAUAGGGAUAGAGAUAGGGAGAGAGAAAGAGAAAGACACCGACAUAGAGAAAGAGAAAGAGAAAGAGACCGAGAAAGAGAUAGAGACCGAGAAAGAGAAAGAGAAAGACGUAAAAGCUACAAGUUUGAUUCUCCGCCUCACUCAUGUGACGAGGAAGAUAAUAUAAAAUUAUCGAAGACCACCAUUUCAAAUAACAACAAAUCGAUGAGCAUUCUAAGUAAUAGUAUGCCAACAUUAAAUAGUAAUAAUAUAGUAUUAAAUAAUGAUUUAUCUGUAGUUAAUAAUUCUGGUUCUAAUAACAAUAUUGAAAGUUUAAUACAGACUUUGAAUAGUAAUAUUUUGAGCCCUAAUAAUAGCAGCUUAACAACUAGUCACAUUUUAAAUAAUAAUAAUAAUAAUAAUUCGAUAUUAAACGAGAGUAACCUUAUAAGUAACAAGUUAAGAAACAAUUUGUUAUUAGAAGAAAAGAAUUUAUUAUUAAAACAAUCACAUUUGAAUUUAUUAUUAAAUAAUCAAUUGAAAUUAAAUAAUGUAAUGUCUUUACAAAAUUUAUAUAAGAAUGUAUUAAAUAUAAAUGACUUAAAUUUACCAACAAUUGAUGUAAAUAUAGAGAAGACCGCUAGAGAAUUAUAUGUUGGUAACAUUCCACAGCAUAUAGAUAUACAAGAAAUUGUAAAAUAUUUAAAUUCUUGUUUAUUAAUUUUAUAUAAUAAAGAAAAUGAAAAUGAGAAUAUUUGUUUAAAAGCAUGUAUAAGAGGUGAUACACAUUAUGCUUUUGUAGAAUUUAGAAAUAUUCAGGAUACAUCUAAUUGUAUGUUAUUAAAUGGUAUUAAUUUUUAUGGAAAUAAUCUAAGAAUUGGAAGACCGAAAACUUUUCCUAUUGAAUAUCAUAGUUUAAUACCACAAGCAACUAUUCCAGCUAUUGAUAAUUAUUAUUUAUCUCAAGGAUUAAUUGGAUUAAGGUCUUUUAUUAUUUUUUGUAAAAAUGAAGAAAAAAUGAAAAAUGAUGGAUUACCUGUUAAUAUGAUAAAAUUACAAAAAUUAUGUGUAUCGAAUAUAUCAAAGAAUAAUGAUACAAGUAAAAUUAAAGAAUUAUUAGAAGCUUUUGGAGAAAUCAAAAAUUUUGAAUUUUUUUAUGGAGAUGAAACAUCAGACACAUAUAUAAGCUUAGUAGAAUAUGUAAAUACCGAGAAUGCUAUACAAGCACAUAAAAUAUUAAAUCAAAAUACAAGUUAUAAAAUUCAAUUCGAACAUGAAAUAAUUAAUGAUCCUCAUAUAAAUAAUAUAAUUAAAAAUAAAUAUAUGAAAACAGAAAAUUCGAUACUUUCUCUACAAGUUCCUACGAAAGUAAUCGUUCUUAAUAAAAUAGCAACCUUUGAGGAACUUUCAGAUUCGAGUGAAUAUAAGGAUAUAGUGGAAGACAUCAAAAUUGAGUGCGACAAAUAUGGAAAGACAUUGGAGGUAGUGUUACCUGUUUUUUCGUAUAGAACGUAUGAGUAUUUGAAGAGGGUAUCGAAAAAAACGCAGGCAGGAAAUGUAGACCCUUUGGAAAAUCCCAUGGAUAAAGAAAAUAAAAAUGAUGGUGAUAAUAAAAAUGAUGAUGAUAAUAAUAAAAAUGAUGGUGAUGAUAAUAAUAAUGAUAGUAAUGAUAAUAAUAAUAAUGAUGGUGAUGACAAUAAUAAUGAUGGUGAUAACAAUAAUGAUGAUGACAAUAAUAAUGAUGAUGACAAUAAUAAUGAUGGUGAUGACAAUAAUGAUGAUGAUAACGAAGAAGAAGAUUUAACACAUCCUAAUUAUGAUCUUACAUCUAUAGGAUGUGCCUUUAUCCAUUUUGAAAAUAUAGAAUCUGCAACAAAAGCUAGAAAAGAAUUAAGUGGUAGAAAAUUCGGAGCAAAUAUUAUUGAAGCAAAUUAUUUUAGUGAAAAAAAAUUCUUAAUGAAAAAUUUUAAAAAUGUAAAAUAUAAUUUUAAAAAAUCGCAUUCUUCCCUCUUUAAUGUAAACUUAAAAUUAGGUAAUUUGACCUACUCAGACUGUUCAGAUGAUGAGUAA